AUCGCCGCCGACAUCGAGCGCCUGAACUCUUGACUCGCUAUAUACUCCACGACAACCGAUUAUGGAUCCAGCAAGAACGCCGCUCACAGCCAAUUCCCAAUUCAUCCAAGCGGACGAUGACGAUGACCUGGAUGAGGACAGCAUUCCAGGAUUCGCCCAUCCAUCCAUGGCACCGACUUCUGCAAAUCCAGUUGAUAAGGGCAAGGCACGGGCGGCGUAUGAGCCUGAGCAACUAGCUCCUCCAAGCGCAGGAGGGAGAUCGAAUAGUCAGACGCUUUCAGGAAAUAUCGGGAGCUCUUCACAGGCUAGUGGACAGCGGGCAGAUAGACAAACUAUUGGCGGUGUCCGGGUGGAGACAAGAUAUACUGGAGCUGACACACUGGACGAACCUGUUAGCAAAACGAUCGCCCGAGACUUGUUCUCGAUAUAUACCAAACUAGUCCAAGUUCUAUACCCUCGCAGGUCGUCUGGGCGCGAAGUACUAAGAGAGUGGGAUCUAUGGGGCCCUCUGAUCUUCUGUCUGCUGCUUGGAAUUAUGCUUAGUGUCAAUGCCCCGGCGGACCAAAGAAUGGGCGUCUUUACCUCCGUCAUUGUCAUUUGUUCCCUUGGUGCGCUCGCUGUAACUGUUCAGGCUAAGCUUCUUGGCGGUCGAGUGUCAUUCUUCCAAGGUCUCUGCGUUAUUGGGUAUUGCAUUGCACCCCUUGACAUUGCUGCCCUCAUAUCGACGUUUGUUCGCGUUAUCUACGUCCGUGGCCCCGUCGCCCUGCUCGCAUGGGCAUGGUGCAUCUGGGCUUCCGUCAACUUCUUGGAUGGAACUCAGAUCGAGCAGCAGCGCAUUCUCCUCGCUGUUUACCCUCUAUUAUUGUUCUACUUCAUUCUCGCUUGGAUGAUCCUCAUCCAAUAGUGCUUUACCCUGUGUAACUAACCGUAAAGUUCUAGGUUUACCGUUCUCUGUCACCAUUGUCGGCAGCUGUCUUUGUGGCAACGUUUCCAUUACCGAGUCAUGCGGAUUGCAUCUUUCAAUACUGUUUCGGGAAUGAAAUCAAACAACACUCU